CUGGGCCAGGGCCGCUUCCGAGAGGCGCUGGGCGCCGCCAGCCGCGCGCUGCGAGCAGAUCCCAGUGACCUGAUGUUAAGGAUUUACAGAGCUGAAUCAUAUGCUGGCCUCCAUGAAUUUAAGACAGCUGUAGAAGAUCUAAAUUUUGUUAUUUCUAAAAUGCCAAAUUGGCCAGAGGUCUACUUCAGGAAAGCAAAAGUGCUCCAUGACUCUGGCUUCAUAGGUGAUGCCUUAAAACUGUUUCUACAGUGUUUAGCUCUUGAUGAGGAUUUUCUUCCAGCAAAGCUAGAAGUAGAAAAGACGCUUUGUGAUUUGCUGUCACCAGAACCUGUGAGAGAAAGUCUGAAGGAAUCUGCUUGGAGUUCACCACAUAUUCGAAGUAAACCUUUGGCACUUGAUUCUGCGAUGGAAGAGUCUUACUAUGAAAUACAACUUUCCCCACAGCAGCAAUUAGGAGAAUCAGAAGUAACAGUCGAGUCUGUCAAUGCAAGCCUAAAUCGCGCACAGUCUGCCCAUGCUCUUAACUCAACAGAAAAAUUUGCCAAAGAAGAUGGACUAAAAAGAGUUUCCUCUGAACCUCUACUGUCUGGCCAGGAGAAGGGUGCUUUGCUGAAAAGGAAGCUUUCCCUUUCAGAACAGGAUAUGCUUUUGUGUGAAGAUGGAAGAAGCAAACUUAAAAAACAAGGAGAAACUACAAAAAGGGAUAUUGCACUUGUUUGUGGAACACUUUCAGAGGACUUGAUUGAUGUAUCUGACUUUGAAUGCUCUCUGUGUAUGAGGCUAUUCUUUGAGCCAGUAACAACCCCCUGUGGCCAUACUUUUUGCAAGAACUGUUUAGAACGUUGUUUAGAUCAUGCCCCACAGUGUCCACUCUGUAAAGAGAGUUUGAAAGAGUAUCUGGCAAGCAGAAAAUACUGUAUCACAGAACUACUGGAAGAAUUGAUAGUGAAAUACUUGUCUGAUGAAUUAUCUGAGAGAAAGAAAAUUCAUGAUGAAGAAACUGCUGAAUACUCAAACUUGACCAAGAAUGUUCCAGUAUUUGUUUGCACUAUGGCAUAUCCCACUGUGCCUUGCCCUCUUCAUGUGUUUGAGCCAAGAUACCGACUGAUGAUUCGCAGAAGUAUGGAAGCUGGGACUAAACAGUUUGGGAUGUGUAUAAGCGACUCUCAGAACAGUUUUGCAGAUUAUGGUUGUAUGCUGCAAAUUAGGAAUAUUCAUUUUCUACCUGAUGGGCGGUCUGUUGUUGAUACAGUUGGUGGCAAAAGAUUUAGAGUUUUACGAAGAGGGAUGAAAGAUGGCUAUUGCACAGCAGAUAUUGAAUAUUUGGAAGAUAUUAAGGUUGCAGAUGAAGAAGAUCUAAAGAAACUGAGAAAACUUCAUGACUUUGUGUACAAUCAAGCCUGCCGCUGGUUCCGAAGCUUAAGGAACAAAUUUCGCACCCAAAUCCUUCAGCACUUUGGGCCAAUGCCAGACAGGGAGGAAAACAUACAGGCAACACCUAAUGGACCUGCAUGGUGUUGGUGGCUUCUAGCUGUCCUCCCUGUAGACCCCAGAUAUCAGCUGUCAGUUCUGUCUAUGAUGUCUUUGAGAGAACGCCUGAUCAAAAUCCAACAUAUACUCACAUAUUUUUCUAGAGACCAAUCCAAGUGACUAACUGCCUGGAUCUUCCUGAAGAGUUACUCUGUUCUGGUUGUAAUAACAGCUGGAAUUUUUGCUGCCUUUGCACAUCUUGCGCUGGUUUGAGAAGUAUAACAAAACUGCUUUUCCCCCUCCCCUUCUCGCCACCUC